AUGAACAAUAACUAUAGCCAAGAUAAUUAUUUGUUAAAUAAGGAUACUUUAAAAUAAUAUGAGAAUCCCUCACCAUUUGAAACAUAAGAUGAAAAAGCUUAGAAGAUGGAUUAAUUUCAAUGUAUCUAUAUUUAAAUUAUUUAGAAUAUAUUGAAUUUUCAGAUGAUUAAGUUAGAGUUUAUUUUCUAAAGAAAGUGUACAUUUUAUUGACAAUUGAAUUUUUUAUAAAUUUGGGAAUGGUGGCAUUAGGAUUAUACACAGAAAUGCUAAAUUGGUUUGUGAAUAUGAAUUUCGACUGUUGGUUACCUGGACCAAUUGUGUGCGAUUAUGAUCGUUUUAAAUCAAUUCAGUGUAAGAGCAAUGGAGGAGCGAGUUGUAAUAUUCAUCCCACGCCUACUUGGUUAUUCUAUAUUUCUUUAAUUAUUUCAUUAAUAUUAUAAUUUACAUGUUAUUUUGGAGGAUAAACCGCAAGAAAAGUAAGAAAUAUAAUACUAACCUUAGGCUCCUCUUCAUUACGUAACUUUAAUUCUAUAUAUUAUUUUUUUUGGAUUUACAUUGACUACCAUAUGCAUAUUUAUGGCUUUAAGUUUGGGAACCAUAACUGUUUGGUUAGUAUGGGGAGAUACUUUUCUUGUAAUUGCUGCAAUGACCUUUUAUGUAUAUGUAAAAAAAAGCGAAUUUCCUUUCAAAGGUAUUCUUAAUUUCAAAUUAUAGAUGGUGCAAUUUUAAUUAUUAGCACUGCCAUGUUAAUGGUCUUCAUUAAAUUAUUGAUACAAUUUGUGUUCGUAUUAGAAUACUUUUAUUGUGCAUUAUUCAGUAUAAUCUAUGGAUUUUAUUUAAUGUUUGAGACUAAAUUCAUAAUGGGUAAAGGAGUAAUAUAUUAAUAAAUAUUUUAAGAAAUAAUAGUUGACAAUUGAUAAUUAUUUGAUUGGAUCCUUGUUACUCUAUGCCCUUAUUAUACAAUUUUUAGUGAGAAUUUAUGAAUUAUUAGAAAAGGUUUUUAGAAGAAAAUGA